AUGCCCCCCGACUUCCAUUCAGGUCGCGAUCUCAUCAUUCCGUCAGCCGAGGCCUUCUGUGACCCCAUCACUGCGUCUGUACCACAGUUCCCUCAGUUCACGGCUCGAAACUGCAGCUGGAGCUCCAUCUUCGAGAUGGUGAAGCAACCAUCCCUCCUUUGGGCCUGCUGGCAUCCUCGUAACCUUGGUGAAUACCACACCAUCAAACAACUCUGGGCGGCUUGGCAUGAGGGCACGAUUGUUGACGGUGUGGGUCAGAUGCCACCCCUCCAGCUCAUUGAGCAGGAGUGGGGAGGAACAAAGGACCGUUUGACUCGCAAAGGGCGCCGUCAGGCUUGGCGGCCACACAACGACAACAACGUGAGGCGACAGUGGUCCCAAUUCAUGUUCUUCAUCGCACACAUCAACUCCACGAUGGACGCCGGCAAUCACGCAUCAGAAGCCGUUCGAAUUCUGGACGAGCAGCGUGGCUCCAUGUCGGUCCCACAGUUCCACUCAAAACUUCAGCCAAAGAAGAAACGGACGCAAGCGCCUGCUGCUAGCGCCGACGCAUCAUCUGUGUGA